AAUUUUGCAAAAUCAUUUUAAAUUAUUCUUUUAUAUAUAAUGAGCACACUACAUGAAUAUUUCCUGAAAAUCUAUACUAUUUUUAAUAGAAAUCAAAUUUAAAGUUUGAAUUGUUAGAACCGCGCCAAAAACGCUAUUCCUGUGAUGGCGCAGGCAGAUGACGUCUGUGACGUCACACGCCAGUAAACACGAUCACGAGCUGUCAGCCGAAGUUAAUUUCAUUAUUGUGCUUGAUUUUGCUAUAAAAUCAUAGAUAAAAUGGUCUAUAAAUGGUGUGUAGUGCCAAAAUGUACGAAUACGUGUAUAAAUAGUCCACAAACAUUGUUUGUUUCUGUUCCAACCGAUUGUAAAAGACGAAAAAAGUGGUUACUAUUAGCUCGGAGAGACCCAAAGGGCAUUUCAUCGACUUCAAAUGUAUUUAUGUGUGAAGAUCACUUCGAUGUAAGUAUAAAUUGAAUAUGUUAUCUACUAGGUAGCUUAAAUUACCGCUUUUUUAAGAUUGAAAUAAUAUAUAACUAUCUAUAAGCUCAAAUGUAUCUUUGAUUAUGUUGAGGAUAAGUCAGUGUUGAGGAUCAAAGAUCCUGUUUAUUAACCCUAAACUUAUUACUCUGUAGGGUUUCAAAAUGUUUUCUGUUGUUUUGAUUAUAUUAGCUACCUACAUAUCUCAAUAAUUUUCUAUGCUGUGUCAUUUUACCUACUUUGCUUAUUAGAUAGUGAUAGUUAUGUUGAAUUGCAGAUGGAAAAAGACACCAUUAACUACAUGCAGUACAAAAUGGGUUUCAGCAAGAAGAUACUUUUGACAGAAGAUGCUGUGCCAACAAAAUUUCAUUGUCAAGAAGAUCGUAAAAGACCACUGUCUGAUGCUGGAGUUUCUCGAGGAGCAUAUGUCAAGAGGAAAAGAUUGGAUUUGGUCAACACAUGUUUGCAAAGUCAAAAUGCUACUGAAGCCCAAGCUGAAAGCUUACAAAAAGAUGAGAGUUUGAUACAAGACAUUAUUGAACCUCAAGGUUUAUCAAGAACUCAAGACAGAGAAACUAUUACCAACUCUAUCAUAACUGCAGAAAAAUCUGUGCAAGUAACAAUAAAAGAGAAUGUGCAUCAUAGGAGCAAAUCUGUGCAAACAAGAUGCCAGACUACAAGUAUUUCUACCUCACCAAUGAAAGUUUCUACAACAUCUCGUUCCACUUCGCCCUUUAAGAUUAAACCAUGCAGUCUUCGACAGCAGUCUGAACUUGUCAAAGCAGUCAAGAGAAAUGUUUUUCUUGAAGAUGAAAAGUCAGAUAGUGAUAUUUCCUGUAUUGAAAGUGGUCGUCAUUUAUCACCUUUUGUAACUAAAUCAGCAUCAUCAUCAUCAGGGCUUACCGACUCUGAUAGUAAUGUUACAGAUACCAAUGAGAAUAUUGAAAAAUUAGAGUGCCUCAAAAUUACUAUGCGUUCAAUCUCUAAAAAACCAAUGAUGUAUGUUGGUAUUCCAAAAGAAUGUUAUUUCUUAAUCAAAUUGUUACAUAAACACACAAGCAUAAAAGUAGAACACAUUUUGCUAUGCUUGAAAAAGAUUAGAAUGAACAGUACAUUUUCUGAACUGGAGGAUAAUUUUGGAAUAUCAUUAUCUUAUGCUAGUAAAUUGUUUCUACAAAAUAUACCAAUAAUAGCUAGUGUUUUAAGACCAUUCAUUGAAAAAUAG